AUGUCCCGACUGGUCUCGCCCGCCCUGCGACGAGCACCUCCCGUUCCUCUCGCUUGCUGCUGCUCGUGCCGAUCUCGCACGCCAGCAAAAGCCCGAUCCGCCCCGCCAGAUGCGGCACCGUACAGCACAGCGACGGAACUUGCGUCCACGGCUCAGGCGCAACCACCCCUGCUACCGCCGCCGUACCUCUCUCGACACCCUGGAGGAUUCGGCUUCUUCUCGCGAUCGCUCCCAAAGAAGCCGCCAAGUCCAGCAAUACCCCCUCUGCAGCUCGACACGCCCUCGUCAUGGGUCCUCCACUCGCCACCGCAGUUCCAGCCCGAUUGGCGCCACUCGUCCUUCGCUGCUCCCCCUCCGCCUCCUCCAAAACCCCAACUCGAACCCUUCGAUGUACGGUCCUGGCGCCCUUCUCCUCACUCCUACGCCCCGCCACUACUACCCAGCCGAGCGACGAUAGCGGCAAGCGGAUUGCGGCGAAGCAUGGCUCGAAUAGACGGCGGAAGGUGCGUGUGCGGACGGGUGCGGCAUGGUUGCUUGCGGUGUCGGGCGAGUUCGACAAGCGCGGGAAUAGAGGCGGCGGUGGAGAGGCGAUUAGAAAGCGAUGCGGCUGUCAUUGCGGCCGAGCGAAGACUUGAAGGAGACCCACCAGGCUCUGCAGAUGCGCCGAGCGGGUCAGACGGCCACUCGCCAUCACGACCAACGAUGGGUCCUUCAGCGCAAUCCUCCGCCGCAGAUCGCUUUCACGAGCUGCUCACCCGCGAAGCGCUCGGCUUUGAUGUUCGAAUCCUCCCCUCUCCGCGUGGCUGGACAAGUCCUCCCUCCCGAACACCCUCCGCCGCGAACCAGCGAAGAAAACCGAUCCGGGACUUGUCGCACGACGAGGCUCGCGCCGCCCUCGAACUGCUCGUCGAAGCCGCCCAAGACGCCGACUUCAUCAAUGCCCUCGCCUUGCAGCAGCGAGUCCGCCUCGUCGCGUCGAUCGGACGAGUCAUCCGAGCUGUCCGCCCGCCUUCGCCGCACAAGAUCUUUCCCGGCUUGCGUGACGAGGGGAUCGCACCCGAAGAGGAGGAGUUUAGCGACUUGCGGCACGCAGCGGCGGAGGCGAUGCGGAUGGUCAUGGCGACUUUGCCGUCGAUGGACUCGAAGGAGGGUGGUCUCGUCUCGGCGAGUCGGCAGGCAGCUUUGGCGCGGGUCGACAUUGCGUGUCUUUCGGACGACGUCGAGGCUAUCGCCGUCGCGAUCGAGCAGAUGGGCAAGCCGGGCGCCGACGAGCUCAGCCAGUCGAUCUCGCAGCUUUUUCGGCUACGCAUCGACCCACUACCAACGUUCGACAAGCCCGAGUUCGCCGACAAGCUGCAUCGACAGAUUGAGCAGGCGAAAACUGCACUCGUCUACCUCUUCGAAGCCUGGCUUCGCGCGCCACAACCCGCAGCGUCCCAUGCAUGCUCCAUCACCGCUCUCCGCCUCCUCCACACCCACCACGUCCAUCAGAUCCUCGACCUCCUCCUUCCUCCCGAGCACUUCCCGUCCGCCGACACCGAGCGGAAGCAGAAGGCGUGGAACGAUAUCUUGCGGCGGCGGUACGGCAAGGUCCUUGCGCGGCUGGAUCCUGAGCCAGAGCGAUGGUUUGAGGAGGAGAUCGCGAAUGCGGACCCAGACGAGUUGCGACUAGGCCUCGGCUUUGACCCGCUCAGUCUCGGCACGCACCUCGUACGGCAUCUCGCGAGGUCGGGUUCGGCACUACAGGCGCUGCAGAUUUGGAAGGUCAUCGACAAGCCGCUGGACGAGCUUCAGUCGGAGCGAUUGACGGACCGCCUCGACGAACAGGAGAAGAUCCGCACCAUGACGCCUCUCGUGCACGGCUUGACUCAGCAGCGACUGUAUGAGGACGCGAAUCGCUUUACGACCGAACUCGAGGCGCUCGCCAAGUCUCUCGCAUCCGACGCCAAGGCCGUCGAGUCCUUCCCUGACGACCCCGCGUAUGCCGCCGCGCCCGCCAUGAACGCGUUCGCCAAGAACGCCUUCGACGUGCUCGCCAAGCUCGCGUCGGACCAGGGUCGCGCCGAGAUCGCAGACCGCCUGCUCGAGAGCCUCGAAGGCGCCGGCGUGGACGACAAGAAGACGCUCAAGCUGUCUGCGCGACGGCUGCGGGCGAAGGCGUCGCGAUUCCGGCUCGAGGAAGCCAAGGAGGUUUUCGAGCAGAGUCCGCAGGCGGACGCGACUUCGUGGCAGCAGUACCGUCUGCGUGGUCAGAUGGCGCUUGCGCAUCUCAAGGUGAACGAUGUCGAGGGCGCGCUCAAGGUCGUCAGCGAGAUGCUCCAGGCUGGCCUGGUCGUCCCGCUUGCCACGAUCAACGCGCUCAUGUACGGGUUCGCACGACGUGGCGACGUCAAGUCGACGUACGAGCUGUUCACGCAGUUGUCGGAAGGCGACUUUCCGCACGCCCACCCUACGACAUCGAGCUGGAACGCCCUGACGAAGGCGCUGCAGACCGAGCGGGACACGUCGAGUAUCGAGGAGAUCAUCCGCGACAUGCGGCGAGCCGGCUGUCGGCCCGACCUCGAAACUUGGACGAUCCUCCUCUCUGCCUACGUCAACAACGGCCAGUGGACGACUGCGUUCGCGCUGUACCGGCAUCUCCAGCUUAACGCGGACCGCACCCUCCAGCCCGACACGGUCGUCUACAACGUCAUGCUCCGCGCCUGCAUCCUCGCUGCGACGCCCGCGACCCUCGUCCUCGAGCUCUUUCGCGACCUCAUCGCUCGCGGCGUCCGACCCAACAAGUCGACCUACACCCUCGUCUUGCAGAGCUUGUGCAACGCGGGCCUGAUGGACGAGGCGGAAGACCUCUUCCUCAUCCUCGACCGGCGGCAGCUUUCGCCGCACCGUCCGAUCGGCACCGAAGUCAUUGAGCCCGACCAGGUCCUUUUCACGUCGAUGAUGGCCGGCUACUUGCGCACCGGCCAGCGGGAGAAGGCGGACGCGAUGUUGACCGAGAUGCGCGUGCGCGGCAUGAGGCUGGGGUCGCACACGCUUGCGCUCCUCGUCGCGGCCAAGGUCUCGAGCUUGCGGGAGCAGACAGACCAUGUCGACCCGCGGGCGCUCAAUGCGCUCGUCAAGGAGACGCGGUACUUUCUCAAGCAGAACAACAUCCCGUCGUCGACGCCGCAGCCAGUCGCACUCGACAAGCCCGCUGCGACGCUUCGGGCGCUCGAGACGAUCUACUGGCCGAUUCUCGCCGAGUUUGCGCGUCGCGGCGAGGCGGACGAGGCGCAGCAGCUUAUCGACUAUCUCUUCCAGUACAGCGGCGGACCUCGCGGGGCCUCCAACCUCGUCGUGUCCCGCAUCCGGCUUUACACCAUUCUCAUGGGCACGCUGCGGAACAAGGAGAUGUCGUCGUCGGGCGACAUGGCUGAGGAGACGAUUACGAAGCUCUACGAGAUUUUCCAAGUCGUCUACGCGGCUGUUCGCCAGCGGUUCGUCCGCAUGCGGCGCCGCAUGGUCCCGCCACCUGAGGCGGAAGAGGGCGCCGAAGCCGUCGAAGUGGUGGAGGAGCGUGUUGAUCCCGCCCAAGCCUCUAUCCUCCGGAACCCCUUGUCCAUCUUCCUCGACUCGGCGAGCCGCGCGGGCGACCACGAGUUGAUCGAGACAACCUGGCGCACGCUCGCACGGCAAGGCUUCGCCUUCGACUCGGCGAACUGGAACAACCUCGCGAUGUGGUUCAUCCAGGAUUUGCAGCUCGAGCGGGCCUUCUGGAUCGUUGAGCACGUCCUCUGCCGACCUUUUGCGCCCGACGGCGUCAAGGCCGGCUUCGACUUGGAGGAUCAGACGGCCGCCUUCGCUCAGGAGCUCGCCUCUGUCACCCGCGCGUCCGCUUUCGGCCGCACAUCUACUCGGCGAUGGGCGGUCCGCCGACGACCUGACGACGAGCCCCCCGAGUCUAUCGACAUCGAUGCCCUCCUCGACGACCGCACCUUUGACCAGCCCUUCCGCCUCUCCUUCACGGACGAGAACGAUCCCCGCAAUGCGGCUACUCAGUCGACUCGCGCCAACGGUCCCGAGCCGCAGACGCCCUCAGCGAGUGAGGACAUCGUCGACGGCGAGGAAACCGAGCCCGAAGAAGCGCCUCGUCUCGGCUUCGCCGACGCUCUCGACGUCGGCUUCCGCAAGCACACCGAGAUGCUGUGGCACCCGUUCAACCGCACGCUCGCGGCGCUCAACUCGGCGCUCGAGACGCUUACGGAGGAAGGGUCCGUCCGUGUAUCCAAGGCGUACGCGGAGCACAUUCGCAAGGAGGAGGGGAUCGAGGUGGAAGACGAGGAGAGGUUGAGGGCGGCGCUCGAGGCGCGAGGCGAGCUCGUCGACCUCGACCCGGAGGACGCACGGGACGCCUACCGCUUCCUCGUCACUCAGCACCCACACACUAUCGACGCGAUCAAUCGCUGGCGCCGGCGGAACGACCGGCUCAACUCGAUCAGGCGGCGCGCGUCUGGCAGUCAACGUUACGAGUUUGACGAACGGAGGAGGAUGUAA